GUACUCGCUCAGUCGCUUACAAAUAGCCAUGUUGCACCGUGAACCUUCCAUCUCAUUCAGACAUGGAGCCGUUCUUUUUGUUCAUAGAGCUGGCCCUUGUUCUCUGCUUCCUCACCCUCUACUACCGCCACUUGCAAUCGAAGAAAACGAGUCCUUUGGAGCCGACCGAAUGGCCAAUAGUCGGGCAUCUCCCCGGCUUGGUCGCCAACAUCCAUCACUUCCACGACUGGGCCACCGGCGUCCUCACCGGCGCGGGCUGCAACUUCGAAGCACGCGGAGGCCGCACCGGCCUGCGCUACUUCAUCACCUGCGACCCCUCCAACGUGCGCCACAUCUUCACGUCCAACUUCGCCAACUACCCUAAAGGCGAAGAGUACGCCGUGAUCUUCGACGUCCUUGGCGGCGGCAUCUUCAACGCCGACGGGGAGUCGUGGCGGCGGCAGCGGGUGAUGGCCCAGAUGCUCAUGACCGGCCCUCGGUUCCGAGCCUUCACGGCGCGGUGCAGUCGCGACAAGGUGGAGCGGAGCCUCCUGCCUUUCCUCGCCCACCACGCCGCCGACGAGGGAAGCAGCAGGCCGCCGUGCGACCUGCACGACGUGUUCCUGAGGCUGACGUUCGACAUGACAUGCAGUCUCGUCUUCGGCGUCGACCCUGGGUGCCUGGCGGUCGGCUUGCCCGUCGUCCCCUUCGCGCGCGCGAUGGACGACGCGCUGGAGACGCUUUUCCUCCGGCACAUCACCCCCGUGGCGUACUGGAAGCUGAUGAACGUGCUGGAGGUAGGGCAGGAGAAGAAGAUGGCCGCGGCUCGGAGGACGAUCGACAGCUUCGUCGCCGCCACCGUCGCAAAACGCAGGGCCGACAAGCUCAAAGAAUGCGAAGGCGUCAGCAAUUCGUUUGACCUGCUGUCAUCCUUCAUCUGUCACGAGGACUCGAGUAGUGGUGCAAAUGACGAUGUGUUCUUACGUGACACGACGGUGAACCUCCUGCUCGCCGGCCGCGACACCACGGGCGCGGCGCUGUCGUGGUUCUUCUACCUCAUCUCCAAGAACCCUCGCGUCGAGCAGAAACUACUGGACGAGCUCGCGCCCAUCGCUUCACGGCGGCGGAAAGGUGCAGAUGAUGAUGCUGCAGACACGGCGGCGGCCAGCGGCUGCAUGGUGACCUUCGACGCGAACGAGCUCGGCAGCCUGGUUUACCUGCACGCCGCGCUGAGCGAGUGCUUGAGGCUGUACCCGUCCGUGCCUUUCGAGCACAAGGUCGCGGCGGCCGCCGACGUUCUGCCGAGCGGGCAGGAGUUGAAGGCAGGAGACAAGGUACUGGUGUUCAACUACUCCAUGGGCAGGAUGAAGGGCGUAUGGGGCAAGGACUGCAUGGAGUUCCGGCCGGAGAGAUGGCUCAACGAGGAAGGGACCAAGCUUCGGUACGAGCCGUCCUACAAGUUCAUCUCCUUCAACGCCGGGCCACGGACGUGCCUCGGCAAGGAGAUGGCGUUCGUGCAGAUGAAGACCGUGGCGGCGGCCGUGCUGUGGAACUUCGCCGUCGAGGUGGUGCCCGGCCACGUCGUGGAGCCGAAGCUGUCCAUCAUACUUCACAUGAAGAAUGGGCUUGCCGUCAAGGUUAGGAGAAGGGAUGGGACGGCGGCUCCGUCGUCGUGCGUCACGGCUUGCAUCUGAGUUCUGACUGACAUCAGUGCGUCUCGCUCGCCUACGUUACGUGGUUUCUUAGUCGAUUUGUUAUAUCCGGCUGGAAUCUACCAACACGUUGUGUGACACGUCUCAAUAUGCAUGUGCCCGUACGUGGCAUAUAUGGUGUCUUCUUGCACACUAGCUAGCGGAACAAUUAAUGGGUCUUCCAUGCAUGUGCACCAGCAUAGUGCAUACUAGUAUACUAUAGGUAUAGUUUUUCAUUCAUAUGUGGCGUGUGAUUGUACGUACGUUUUCUACUUCUCCGGCAGUUCCCAUUAAAGCUAGCAUGCUACUUUCUCGUCCGUUUGUUCCCAAUUAUAACUCAGAUUUGACUUCUUAA